UGCAAUGUUACAUGUUUGGACACAAAGAACAUAUGUAAAUCGUCUUACAGUGCUACAUCAUGCAGCAACACUGGUCAAGAUUCAAAGGACAAGUACAUCAUCAACUUAAAUGACAAAAAAUGUAUUAACUGUGAUAAUCCAGUUAAACAGCCUGAGGCAACUUUGACUUCUGAAGAUCUCAAUCUCACGACGUUUGAAGAGCAAGGAAAAGUCAGUUCUUCCCAAGCUGUCGAAGUCAUGGGAAAAAUGUCCGACCUUGUCUCUAACCUCAACGAGUCUUCAGCUGCAGUGAGUCUAGGAAAUGGAGUCCAGGGUAUCAUAGUAAGAGAAACGGAGCCCGAGGACGUGGAUGAAAUCUCCUUUGCUUAUUCGUCUCCAGUUAGCGAGCUGAAUAUUAUAGAGGAAAGAAAAGAACUGGAAAAAUUCUCAAGAUCUGUCACAGUGUCAAAAGAAGCAUUUGAAGAAGCUCUUAAGAUGAACAUUAGCGUACCAUUUGCAGCUGUUUUCCGAUUCAUCAACAUGUCCAAGGACGAGAAAAACAGCACUGUUUUAGGUAAUGAGAUUUUAGCCGUUGAAAUGGGAACCACAAUUUCCAAUCUCACAGACAAAAUCGGGAUUAAUUUUUUUAAUAUGGACUACGAAGGAUAUCCGUUUUGUCAUUCAUGGAAUGGUGAAGGAAGCCGACCAAACUGGACCGACGAGGGAUGUGAGACAAUACAAAAUGGAACAAACAUUACAUGCCGCUGUUCACAUUUGACAUUUUUUGCCAUUUUACUGACACCUCUUAACGAAACCAUCUCUAGCACUGACCUGAGCAAUCUCACCAUUAUCACACAAGUUGGCUGCGGGUUGUCCAUGUUCUUCCUCGGCAUAGUCCUCUUCAUGCACUGCCUUCUGACGAAAAAUAAGGCCAGUUUGUCCACAAAGAUGCUCAUCAACCUGGUGGUGGCCAUGUUCCUGCUGAACUUCACUUUCCUGAUCAACAACUUUGUGGCCUCACUGAAGAACUCCGUGGGUUGUAAGAUCAUGGCGGCUGUCAUGCACUACUUUAUGUUGGCCACAUUCACUUGGUUUUCAGUACAAGCCUUCCACCUCUGCCUGCAGCUGUACAUGAUGGGAAAAGUUGUAAUCAAUCGCUACUUGCUCAAAGUCUGUAUUAUCAGUUGGGUCCUACCGGGUAUCUUUGUGAUUGCCCUGCUCAGCACAGGGAAAUAUGGCGAACAAUUCAUCAACACUGAUGACAAUAAUGGAAACGCCAUGUGCUGGAUCACUGACAAUGACACCCACUACAUUGUCAACAUAGGCUACUAUGUGGUGGUCUUCAUCUUCACCUUUACUACUUUUAUCAUCACAAUGUCCUGGCUCUUCUGUCUCCAGAGAACCAACACAGGCAAAACACAAAAUGACACAAGUGGCCCAAGCAUUGUAACUAUCAUGGGACUGUGUUGCUUGCUGGGUAUCACAUGGGGUUUUGCCUUCUUUGCCUACGGCCCCCUUCGGAUGCCCUCCUACUACAUUUUCACGAUCCUCAAUUCUUUCCAAGGUUUCUUCUUGUUCAUCUAUUACUACAAGAGCACCCGCUCCCAAAACAUAAAGGGUGGCGACAGGUCAACCAUCAACAGCAGCAGCAGCACCACCACUCUUAAAACCAGCCUGGACAUCUUGGAGAACCCCUACAUAAAAAAAUAGAUCCUUCAAAGACAAACAGGAUGGGUUGAAGAGACAGUAGCGAAAGAAGUUCUCAGGUAGCAUCAAAACAUACUUGCAGAAUGGUCCAUUUCAAAAUAAUAUACAGUGCUUGACAAAUUUAUUAGACCUGUCAGAGACCAUCCAGCAUCAUGAAGUGGUUUGAUACAGACUAUUUCAUUUUCAGCGAGCUCUCGACUUUUGAACAGGAAUGAGGAAUUUCAAACUCAAUACACAAAUUUGAGCCGGCUCACUGGGCUUCUCUGAGAAGUUAGAAAUUAAUCAAGCAUAACAUUCAACCACUAAAACUAAUUCUUCUGUUCAGGAGUGCAAGUA